CCGUGCUGCUUUGCAGUGAUUUUUUUUUUUCCGGGGGGGUUUUGGCCGCCUAACAGCGCCUCUUAGCUGCGCUGAAAUCAGCGUAAAGCUCCGCACCGAGCGGCUGGUUUUGCUCGGUUUCGGACCUGCCUUGUAUAGUCAACAGCUCGGUCUCCUGCCAAACAGCCACGGCUGUCACACGCACGCGUGAAAUCUGACGUGAUGCUCUUGCCACCGUCCCAUUCAGCCGCUUGCUGGGAUCCUCCCUUCAGACAGUCGUGCGUAUGCGCUGGUAACGAAGCCUCGGCAUUGUCGGAGCAGCGCUUAAACAGAAGCGGCCAGUUAACAGAAAGAAAUCGAUAGGGGACGCGAUCCGGACUGAUUUCCUGCGGCAAUGUAAAGAUGGCGAGAGUGCUCCACAACUUGCUGAUGUUUUUAAUCAGUGUUGCGCUGAAAAUCAGAGUUUUGGGGUACUGGUCAUUGAUAUACGGUUAUUGUGCUGUUUGCGCCAUCGUAGCCCUGCUGAAACUUUGGUGGAACAUCGUCUUAAGGCCGACAACAACCUUCCGAUGGCUGAUUCGUGAAACUCCCCCGGCUUGUCUGAAUGACACGUCCUUGGGAACCCACUGUUAUGUUAGGAUCAAGGAGUCUGGCCUCAGGUUCCACUAUGUUGCUGCUGGUGAGAGAGGAAAGCCCCUCAUGCUGUUUCUGCACGGCUUCCCUGAGUUCUGGUUUUCCUGGCGUUACCAGCUGCGUGAGUUUAAGAGUGAAUUUCGUGUGGUGGCCAUCGACAUGCGGGGCUACGGGGAGUCCGACCUGCCGCUCUCCACUGACAGUUACUGCUUUGAAUACCUGGUCACUGACGUCAAAGACAUUGUGGAGUACUUAGGGUACAACAGAUGUUGCCUCGUUGGCCAUGACUGGGGUGGGACCGUAGCGUGGCUGUUCGCGAUUCAUUAUCCCGAGAUGGUGACAAAACUCAUAGUUCUGAACUGCCCACAUCCGUCUGUGUUCACAGAUUAUGCUCUGCGUCACCCGAGCCAGCUGCUGAAAUCCAGUCAUUACUUUUUCUUCCAGCUGCCCCGCUUCCCGGAGCUCAUGCUCUCCAUCAAUGAUUUCAAGGCUCUGAAGGCUUUGUUCACCAGCCGCAGCACAGGGAUCGGCAGGAAGGGCCGGUGGCUCGCCGCAGAGGACCUGGAAGCGUACCUGUACGCGCUCUCGCAGCCAGGAGCUCUGACAGGAGCCCUCAACUAUUACAGGAAUGUCUUCAGCUCCCUCCCCCUGAGCCAUAACCACGUCAGGUCGCCGGUGCUGCUGCUGUGGGGGGAGCGGGACGCCUUCUUGGAGCAGGAAAUGGCCGAGGCUUGCCGCCUCUACAUCAGGAAUCAUUUCCGUCUCAACAUCAUUUCCGGAGCCAGCCACUGGCUGCAGCAGGACCAGCCCGACAUCGUGAACACGCUCAUAUGGACCUUCCUCAAGGAGAGCGAGGGACGUAAAAGCUACAGGAACUAAACCCACAGCGAGCCCCCCCCCCUCACUCCCUGGAAGCCUGGAACGUGCCUGUGACACCCAGCGACAUAGUGAUGAUGCAAUCAUUCUUUAAACCUUUCACAUGUUUCUGAUAUUUUUUACAGAAGUCAGCCGUAAAGGAAGCAAUCAAAGCACACUUCACCGGAGCGGACGCUGAGCGAUACACCUGACUCAUUUUUUUGCACAUGACAUCCGCCUUAAAGUUUGUCGGUUUCAGCAUCACGGGUGUGUGGCAGAAUCUCCUUCGUGACUUGUAUUGUGUGGUGCCUUUUUAACUUUCAAGCUGUCGCAGUGUAACGAUGUCCUGCGGGACUGGGGACGUGGCGUCGCCUGCUUACUUGUGCGUUUCACCGGGUCGCUCCACUCCACUUUGGGCACCGUCCUUCGGGAGGCGUAGCCCCCCCCCCCUUCGAUCAGGUCGUGUUGCUGAAAGGAGUUUUUUUUCUUUUGUAUCUUCUCCACAAAGAGAAAUGCUCAAAGGUAGAGAAUGUUGUUAUCUUCCUGUAUAGAAAUGUCAGUGAUGGUUGACUGUUGUACGAUUUUGUAUCUCUUCCUACACUGCAUUUUGAAAUUCACUGAGCCAGGUCUGCACCAUUGGAUUUUAUAAAUAAACUGAGUGUCAAACUGUCA